AUGAAGAAAAAAAAUGAAAUAACGCAACUUAUUGAAGUAUUAGGAGCGAAGCGGAAAAUGCUGAUAAUAAUCUUUUUGGGUACUUACUGGUCCAUCAAAGGAGCAUUUUUAUGCUUAACAAUUGCUCAUCUCUUUGAUGAGAAGCACUUGCCAGACAUCACAUGUUCUAUUAGAAAGCGUACUGAUGAGAUGUUGGUUGAAUUUGAACCAUUUGAAGACAAGAAAAAUGCUUGUGUGUGGUUAUCGCAAUUUCGCACAAUGUGUUCUUUUCCAGAAUCCUCAAUGAAAACGGUUAGGGACUAUAUGUUACCUUUUCUCGGACAUUUAUCUCGUAUAUCGAAUUUGCCAAAUGAAUAA